AUGAGUGGUACGGAGAGAAAGUCUUGGUCGGAAGUUCUCCCCCUUCUGUUCAACUUGCUUGUGGAAAAUGCCGACAGAAUCGUAGAUGACACAAGCUUAGAAAGAAUUCUUGAGUGGCUAAAGAAUGUUUGCGAAACAGAUCGAGAACUGCAAAAAUUACUGCAAUGUGGAACAGUCGAGUUCAUAUCAAGGGAGCAAGUUUUCUCCAAUCCUGAAUCCAGCGGAUUCUUCCUGAGACUUUUUGGUUUUUUAGUCGCAAAGGCUGAGUUAUUCAGAUCUUUCGGUUGUGCCCAAGAUGGAGACUUUUUAUCCAGAUUUCUAGACAAGCCUAAAAGUGAACCGGGUCUUUGGAAUGAAGGGAUAGUCAGGCACGGAUAUUUUCAAGCAUUGAUUUCUCUCACAGAGCACGAAGAUGGCGUGGCAUGGCUAAGAAUCGGAGGUAGUCGUAGAGAAUCGCUUUUACAUCCAGCUUCAAUGAUUGGUCCGAUUAUAAUCAGUCAUGAAAUUUUUAAAUCAGCUAGAGCAAGCAGUGGGGCGGACUUUCUUUCGGGGGUACACCCUUAUGUGCCACCUAUUAUGUACAUGGUACACACUCGGGGGGGAACUUAUUUGAGAGGGGGGCUUAAUAUAAUAGAGGAUUUCAGUAAUGGCAUUUGCUGCUAAGAAAUGAGAAAAAAACUGUGCCAAGUUCACAUUCGCAAAGACUCCCGGGACUGUAAAAAUGGGACAGGAAAAAAUUUGGCCAAUAGUUGAAUAUCGCAUCCCAAGUUACAAUCCCAGGAUUCUUUUUGAAAGUUAACUCUGUCCAGUUUUCUUCUAGAAGUGGUAAAUAAAUUGCCUUUUCCCUGAAAAUGGCUGGACCUUUGUAAAGCCCUGAAAACCACAUAAAAGGGUGGUCCUGUCUCCAGUGAGGGACAUUAAAAUAUAUUACUGUGCUUUUCACAAACAUGCGAACUCUAAAGUUCAAAAGUCGCCUUCACAUUUGAGUUUUUCGCUGCCGUCAAUCAUAAUUACGAUCAGCAGCAACGAACCUUGAAACACAGAAACAUACAAAACAAAGUUAAAUCCACCAAUUACAAAUCACAAACUUCCUAAAAGGUCCUUUAAGAUGAUUGACGGCAGCAAAAAACGCAAUCAUCAGUUGGAUUUUGAACUUCAGAAUUCACAUGUUUGUGAAAAGCGCAGUAACGUUCAAAUAAGCUGUUAUUUGCCCAAUUGAUUUCAGUGUCCCUCUUCUUUUUAUGCAGGUCACAUUGAUUGUGCCUUAGACUGUAUCACUGACAGAAGCAUGUUUGUGGCCAAAUCAGCCCAGAGUUUGAUUGCAAAGUAUCUCAUCAGAGAGAGUAACUGGAUUCUUUCCAGCGACUCAGAAGAAUUGAUGUCAAACAAUACUGUGGAAGCUAAUGACCCUAGGCAUGUCAUUGAAAGGUUGAGGUCAAUGCUGAAUUCACAAUGCACAGCAUCUAGCUCUGCACCCGUAGCUGUUUUUGAAGUUAUGAGAAUGUUGCUGUUGGAGGAUUCUUACCGUGGGCAGAAAGUUUUACAAGAAAGCAAACUGUUUCCUUGUUGCUUGGAUUUGAUUAAAGCUGGCAGUGCAACAGUCUGUGAAAAACUUGUUGACAUGUUGUGUGAAUUUGCAAAAAAUACGAGGUAACAGCUGUUCUGUCAACAAAUUUUAAAUAGUGUUUGGUUGUGGUGAUAUAGGUGAAGCAAUAUAAUUUUCUUUUUACUCAGAUCAUGGGAAUUGAACUGGGAUAGUUUAUUCUCAACAGAAGAGUCAAGUGCCUCAAGUGUUCUUCUUGGGUCAUGUGUUGAUCUUUUUAAAAAGGACCUUAUUGUUAGUGGACUUGAGCUGGUAUCUGGGCUAGCCUUUUGUCACGGAAGUUCCAGGUAUGAAACUUACAAUCUAUAGCAGUUUCUGUUCGUUAAGUUCAUCUUUAGUCAUGGUAUCAACAAAAAUCCAUAAAUCCUUCCUUAUUCCAAGAAUUACUUUUAUGGUUUUAAGGAAGGGUCCACGCAUGCAUAUUAACUAUUACAGGGGAUGAAUGCUCUGGAGAUUUUCACAAAUGCUAUGAUCCACAAGUCAAGUAAAUUCUCAGGAUCUAGUUCCUAAAAGGCCAACAAGUGCUAAUCAAGGAUAAAACUUUAAGCCAAACAAAUGAGUUAAUUUUUGCAAGAAAUGAGUUAUGCAGACUGUUGUCUUUGAUUAAGUAGUAAUGUAUAAAUGUGCAACCUAUAAGUGUUUCUAUGGACACAUUUGACGGAAUAACAGCUUUGCAUUUGUGCAAUUUGGGGGUGCAUAGUUUGACAAUGCUAUGCUCAUGCCCUGUUUUAUCUCCCCAUUUUUUUCAAAGAAAAGUGUAUUUUGCAUGUUUUUGACUUUUAAGAAUAACACGACCUGCUUAAUACAGAUACCCUGUUAAUUCAGACCCUGCAUAUCCAUGAAGCUUAAUUAACUUGAACUUCUUUUGUGUUUCACUCAAAAAUGCCCGUUAAUACUAUUAUUGAGUAUUUUAUUAUAUUUCAUUUUGAAAAAUAAAUUCAGAAUUUUUGUCUUGUUCUCUUUAUCCAGAAAUUUUACUCACAACUGGUUGGAAGCUCUUUUUGAUGUUGUUAAGUUGCCAUUUGAGUUGUCAUUAAGUCUGCUUUGUCAGGACAAUGGAAAAUUGCAAAAUGGUGACCAUAGUGUCAGUGAAGGUGCAGCUCUGACUACAGGAUCAAUAGUUAUUGACGGCUUAAUAGCAGAUGAUAAACAAAAAAAAUUGAUUGCCAAGGUAUUUUUUGCAUUCUAUUAAAGCUUCAUCACCGUGAUAAACUCCUUUGUGUAAGUUAAGAGUGGUUAGAAAUUUUUACCCACUCAAGUCACUAGCUAGACCAUUCAAAGUGCUCGUCCCAUUGUUUUCCAACUGUCGGAGUUGGUUCUUAGCUUUCAAUGGAAAAGCAUAAGUGUACAAAGUCCUGGAGAAGGUCACAUUAUUUCUUGUUGCUACUGUGUUCAGGGGGGAAAAGAAAGUUAGUUUUACAGCCUGCCAUUUGGGCAAGCUGUAGCUCGCAUGUACUAGCCCACAAGUCAUUUCAACUAGCCCCCAAACCCUUUUUGAUUAGCAGGAUUGAUUACAAUCCUUCUUUGGUUUGAAUUUCCCCGAAAAACAGCACUCUUGCCCAUCGGGCAAGUUAAGAACAAAAACCACUAGCCAAAUAGCAAAAUCCACUAACCCCGGGCUAACAGACACGACUUUCUUUGCGUGCUGGUGUUAAUAUCCAGUGAAUGAACCUUGUAGUUUGUUUAUUUUUUAUAUAUUUUAUUUUUAUUUACGUUAUUUUUGUAUGUUUUUUUUGUGAGCAGGAACAGCUUCAAUGUAUAUUGUCCCCCAAAAUUAAAGAAUGUUGUUCCGUCACACAAGUUAUUUGUCAAGCACUUGCUGCAGCACAAAGUCUCAUUAGUCAGGUGAUGAUUCUACAAACUUUGUUAUCUCCUUGCUUAUAUUAUCUAAAAAUGAACUUAGCAUCUAAGAGUACGUAUUUAGCAGUAACUCUCCACAAAAGCGUCCUUCAGGAUGGAGGUGUUGUGCAGGGGCGGACCCAGUAAUUUUUGAUUGGGGGGGAGGGGGGUGGGGUCCAAACUUUGAUUCAGAAAAAGACUGUUGAACUUUUUUGUGGCAAAUUACUGUCCUUCUCCCCCACACCCCCUCCCACUAGUCACAGUUCCACGUAUAAUUCCUUGGCCCUCUUUCAUGAAAAAAAAUCAGCUGGUUAAAGAGUAAUAUAUGAUCCUGUUGAUGUAAGAAUUUCAGUCUCAAACAAGUGUCAGGUCUGAUAGGGGGCUCUGGACCUCCCGGACCCUCUCCCUUUGGUCCGCCACUGUUGUGAUAGUGAGAUUGGUUUAUACCCCCGGCAGUUCUCUUAUUUUAAGGGGUGUGCAACAUUUUUAUUUUUAUGAACUAUCAAAAAUGUGGCCAUUGGGUAUGCUUGCUGUUUUAAACAGGUGGUGACCAUUAGUAGAGGUUUCACUGUAUUAUUGUUCAGAUAUUUCAAACCAAAAUAACUCAUCACCACUAGGUGUGCUUGAAAACUUGUGCCUUAAAGGUUGGACAGGAGCCUGAGCACCUCAGGCAUAUCAAGGAGGUGUCCAUGGCAACUCUGCGAGUGAGAACCACCCAUGCAUGCAUCCGCCAACUGGCACCGUCACACUGAAGAAAUUUGGUGGAAAAUACUCACCUGACCCCAUACUUACCAAAAAAGGGGGGAGGGAAGGUCUGGGAGCCAGAAUCUGCAAAGUUUCAUGUUAACAACAGAUCCACAAAGAUCAGCUCAAAAUGCCAGCAUGAGGUGCAACAUUAGUUACAAGAUAAUCAAAAGGCCCCUGCGGCCACCCCAGAGAUCACAUACGCUUGAGUUGGACAUUACUGACCGCACUGGCUUGCAAUUUAACUCGACCUAAAUUACAUUUAGCCACAUAUUAAAAUUGCCUUAUCUUCCUUUGAAUAUAACAACGUACUCUCGCUAAGAAUAGGGAGGUGCUGAGAGCAAGAGGUCUAGGGGCGGUGCCUCGCAUGGGACGUUAGUCCCGUUGCACCUACCCCUUUUGGGUUUUUGCUUGUUUUUUUUUGUGUGUGUGUGUGUUGUAUUACAAAUUUAUAUUGUAUAUCACUAGAGGAGCACCCAAUAAAGCGGUAAAAAAAAAAAGUUUUUUAUUUCCUGAAUCAUCUUCGUUUUUUGUUAUUUUUCUCUGCCCAGGCUUCAACAGCACAUUCUUGUUAUGUGUUUCUCUGGCUGAAGCGUAGCCUAGGCCUCGUCCAAUGGUGUACCAGUCCAAACAAUCGGUCCACUUCUCAAUUCCACAGCAAUCAAAAAGUGGUCAAAGCUUGCCUGGGAUUCAUUUCCAGUCUCACUGAAAUGCAGAAUUCAAAAGGUGAUCUUUGAGAACAUCUAUCUCUUGCUACAGCUAUAAGUACAGCCCCACAUUCACUACAGUUAAACAAGAGAAAUUUGCGAAAGCUAAGCAAAAAACAUUAAAGCUGAGGUUAUGUUGUUACUUUUACUGUUCAAAGUUUAAUACUUUACCACUUUGUUGUCAGUAGACUGUCAGGAGUCUAUAUUACAUAAUUUUUAUACUUCUAAAGUCUUCUGAGAUUUAGAGGCCCUAAUGAAUUUGGCUCUGUAAAUUAUCCUGGUGUUUACUCACAACAUUUUUUUAUUGCAGUUAUUUUGGAACACACAGAUUCUUGCACUGUAAAUCAAAUGUUUAAUGAUGUGGUCUUUACUCUAGUUCAACUUAUUGAGAGUUCAGAGUCAAGUGCAUCUGUGAGUAUUUUCAUUGUUAUCCUUGAAGCUCCAGCUCACCAAUGUCCAUCAGAAACUUCAUGCUCUUUUUGUCUUUUGGGAAAAGUAGCCUGCAAUAUUCAAAACUUUGCACAGGUUAUUUAUUACGGUAAAAUAAGCCAUUUAGAAAACUUAAAUAGAGAGAGACUCAUGCGGUCAACAUGCUUAACAUCGAGAUGGCCAAACAUUGAACAAAAAAAUAACUGAGACCACUCGGUAAUGUUUUCAUUUAAAUAUCACAUCUUGUCUUGUUUCUGCGUAAGAGGAGAAAUGAGCGCUACAUACCUCGUUCUUUUAGCCACUGAAGAGGGGAAAUCAAUUAGGGAACUGAACCAACAGGAAAUCGAAAUGUCUUGAGACUUUGGCGAAACGACCGUAAACCAUUACCAUGGGCUAGGGCUCAUACUACCACCCUUAGGUGUGAAUUCUGAUGCUCGGAUCUCUACACCUCCAAACUUCCCCAUAUUUUAAAACUCAUUAAAAUCCUACAUUUUACCUCCUGUUUUUAUCUGUUGUAAAGGUGAUCUCCAGUUCUUUGAAGACAUUAGGAAAACUACUCAAGGUCACCAGGGAAGAAUUUAUCACUGAACUGUUCAGCUACCAAACUUUAAGUGGAGAGAUUCCCAAAAAGCAAGCUCGACUUGACAGUAGUGAGUCAUGGAAAGAUGGUCAACAGGAGAUGACUGUUAAAAGAGUAGACAGUGAGAAGCUGGCUUUGGUGCUCUCUCAGAGAUUACGUGACUCCAGAUGGGAAGUUAAAGACUCAUCUCUGGAGUUUGUUGCUUCUCUCUUACAAGUUAAUCAUGGUUAGUCUCUGAGAAAUCAUCUUGAAUUUUCUCGUUGUUCAGAGACAAACAACAUCUUCCUUCAUCACUUAAGAUUUGCUAGAUUAACUCAGGUCAUAUCUGUGAGAUGAUCGUUAGUAAGAACUGUAAACCCCGUAUUCAGCGGACACCGAUGGGAUCUUCUACUACCGUCCACUUACUUAAGGUUUCCGCUUAGGUUGUUUUACAGAAAAUAUGAGAAAAAAUAGUAGAGACUAAGUUGGCAAUUAUUGUCAUGUUUCGUGCCUAACACACGGUACCCAAUUGAUAUAGGUUUUCACUGUAGAUAAAUGUAGUUUUUUUAUUGCGUAAUAAAAUAUUAGGAAAAUACGAAUUUAUUUGCUAUCAUUAUUUCAUUUUAAGAUUCAAUUCACGAGUUUCUCUGUCGACACAACAUACAUGUGAUGGUGUGGAAUGCUACUGAUGACGCGGACAGUUAUGUCCGUGCUACUGCUGUUCAUGUGAUUGGUUCCCUCGUCUGUCGAUCACAGCUUUGGAUAUCACUUCUUCAAAUCAGUCAUUUAACCGAGGUAUUAAGUAAGAGAAAUAGAGGAAACAAACAAGCACGAAGAAAUCGCAAUCCUGCCCUCCCCCCGCAAGGAAAAAAACUCCUGGGCUGAGUUGUUCAAAGCUGGGUUAAGAUAACCCAGGGUUAGUGCGAGAUUUUAAUUCAGAUUUGAAAGCUUAAAAAGCAUUUCAGUUUUAAUUCUUUUUGUCUACAAGAUUAUGAUAUAACAGAGAAAAUUAUCCUCGAAAAUGCUUCAGAACACAAGAAAAAGAAGCCCAGGUUAAAUUUAACCCCGGGUUAAGCGCUAACCGGCCUUCGAACAACUGGGCCCUGGGUUUUCAGGAAAACGCUGUGGGUUUAAUACUUCGAUGUUGUCCUUGUAAUGUGUGGAAAACGUGAUAGAGUUAAAACCGCAAAAACCUCUCAUUGCAUCGUGAAUGCAAAGAAUUGUUAUAUGAGGAUGAAAAAGUUGCGGUUUUAACCAUGUACAGUCCUGAAAUGUCCCAUAAAAAUACAAGUUUAAAAGGGAUCGCGUCCAUCUUAAUAAGAACACUGUAAUCAUUCAAUCCAGAACCGCAUUCCCUGGUAGCAGAGGCCUCUUCUCAGUGGUAUUCGGGGAAAAGAGGCCUCUGCCAGCGGGAAAAGAACAGCAAACUAUACGUACAUCUCAUCUCCCGCUUUUUCAAUAAAGUGGAGCUGAGCUGUCCUGGACUGAAUUUUGUCCAAAAUUUAAAGGAAAUACAUUCUAAGGUCUUAACUUAUGUUACUGCUGAUGCUCCUUCUGUGCUUUUUAUAUCUCGACAGGAAAGCAUUUUGCAGAAGUUCUUGUCUAUUCUUGAGAACGAUGACGAGGCGUUCCCACGAAGAAGAGCCAUAGAAUGCCUUAACUUAUGGGUAAAAGCGAGUCAUCCUAUUGUGGAAAAACGUCUACAGCUUGGCAAGCCGCACCAAUUAGAUUCCGCAAAUACCACCGGCAGGAAUUUUAUGAGUCCCCCUGGGAUGAGAACAAACGUGGAGUUGUUAUCAGCAGGAGAGCUUUCCGAGGGAAUUCCGAAGUCUGACGAUCCUGAGAAGUUGAGAUUUGUGAGUCAGUCGGAAGGUACGAAGGCACCAACGAAAUUCGAAAUAGCCCAAAGUGUGUGUCAUGCUUGUAAGGACCUUGACUGGGAAGUCAAACUUCGAGGACUUGAAUUUUGGGAGGCAGUGAUUGAUUCCUUCAUCUCUUUUCAAGGCAGCAGCAGGGAAAAGGCUAGCUUAAGGAGCAAAGCUAGCGUCGAGGAAGAAAUAGAUGUUGAAAAUAUGAAAGAACUCUUCCAGCUGCUUUUUGACAUGGGCGCAUUGAAUAUGCUGAACGAAGUUUUAAACGACUCUGACGUCAUGGUCUGCGAGAAGGCCCUGGAGGUAUUAGCUUCGUUACAAAACAUUGCGAAUCCCGAAGGAAUGUACAACGAACAAAGUAUUAAAACGUCUUGGGAAUUCCAGGAGUCUCUUGGAAAGAGCUUUGACUUUGAAAAGUUUACGGACGUUUUGCGUUCUGCAGACUUUCCUUCUCUGACCCAGUCUAAUGAAGCUGCAGAUAGCUUGGUCAGAUCUGACCCUGUGUCUUUUAUCCAGGACAUAAUGUUAGCGGCCUCACAUCAAGACGAAAAUUUACUUGACUGUUAUUGA